AUGUCUGUUACAAACUUGAAAAUAACUGAUGAGAAAAUACCCUUAAAUCACAGCUUUGGAAAGGAGAAAACUGUAAGACAUAUUGGUUAUUUCUCUUCAUCAUACUCUGUGAAAAAAAUUCAGGUUGGAAUCUGUCUGCUUCUGGUGGAGCUGUGUGAGAAGUCCACUUUAUUUGAAGUCAUCUGUAAUAUGAUCACUUUUUGCACCAUCAAGCUUGGCUAUCGCAACUACCAGGCAGCCAUUUCGAACUUGUGCUUUGUCGGAACUUCAAUACUCACCCCUGUGUUUGUGGGAUGGCUUGCUGAUGUCUGUCUAGGAAGAAACAAACUGGAAUAUAGUUGCUUAUUUCUACAUUUUCCAGGCACUGCUUUGUUAUCUGUGGUUGCUUUUCCCUUGGAAGAUUUCUAUGUAGGUACUUACCAUCUGAUUAACAACAUACCAAAAAAGGAGCAGAGCAGGCUGUUUUAUGUAGCAAUGUUGGCCGUCUGCCUCGGCGCGGGAGGAAUAAGAGCCAUUGUUUGUCCACUGGGUGGUUACAGCCUUCAGGAGUACGGAUCAUAGAAACGAAUGUCUUUUUUUAACUGGUUUUAUUGGAUCAUAAACCUAAAUGCAACUGUUGUCUUUCUGGGACUAUCUUACAUCCAGCACUCAGGGGCCUGGGCCCUGGUUUUACUUAUUCCUUUUAUGUCUACACUUAUGGCUCUGAUAACUCUUCAUAUGAUGCACUAUAGCCUGAUCUAUCAACUAGAAAAAUGUAAUUGCUCCCUCCUGACAACCUUUGGGGUGUUUAUUAAUGCACCGAAAACAUGCUGUCUGCAAUAUUGCCACCUUGGCAGAGACAUGACAAGCUGGUUAGACCAUGCCAAGGAAAAUGGUGGCUGCUAUAGUAAACUCUAUGAAGAAGGCACAAAAGUGUUCUUGACCCUUCUCCUUCUCUUCGUUUUUCAGCUCCUAUACAGAAUGUGCAUUAGGCAGAUUCCUUCAGGAUAUUAUCUGCAGACCAUGAAUUCCCACCUGAAUUUGGAUGGAUUUCUUCUGCCAAUUGCAGAUAAUGUCGUCUGCAUCCUACCACUGUUAAUUCUGGCUCCUUUUAUGGAGUAUUUCAGCACCUGCCUAUUUCUCUCUAAGAGAAAUGGAUCAUUUCUGUCGGCAUGCAUUAUUCCUGGAAAUCUUUCUGCUGCGUUGUCUGUGAUGAUAGCUGGCUUCUUUGAAAUACAUAGGAAACACUUCCCUCCAGUGGAACAGCCACUUUCAGGCAAGGUUCUCACGGUUUCCUCCAUGUCCUGUUUCCACAUGGUUUUUCAGUAUGUUUUACUUGGAGUGGCUGAAACACUGGUCAACCAAGCCUUCUCUGUAAUAUUAUAUAGAUUUGCUCCAAGUACCAUCAGAGCCUCUAUGAAUUUUUUGACACUAUUCAAUGGAUUCGGCUGUUCCACAGGGGCACUGCUGGUGGAGUUGGUGUACUUGGUGCCGGAUACUGGCAAUUGGUUUCCAAACACAUUAAACAAAGGCAAUUUAGAAAGCUUCUUCUUCUUCUUGGCAUCAUUAACGUUGUUGAACGUCUUGGGAUUCUGGAGUGUUUCACAAAGAUAUUGUAAUCUAAACCAUUUUAAUGCCCAGAACGUCAGUGGAAGUCAUCUCGAAGAAACAUUUCUCCUCCAUGAAAAGUCUCUGAAAUUUUAUGGCAGUACACAGGAAUUUUCUUCAAGUAUUGAUCUUUAGGAGACAGCCCAAUGA